GGCGGGCGCGGCGCCGCGAUUGGCCGCGCCGCGGCCUUAAAGAGCGGCGCGGGGCGGGGCGCGGGGGGGGGGGUCAGUGCGGGACGUGGCGGCGGAGCGGCGGGCGGGAGGCAGCGGCGCCAUGACCCGCGGGAACCAGCGCGAACUGGCGCGGCAGAAGAACCUGAAGAAGCAGAGCGACUCGGGCAAGGGCAAGCGGCGGGACGACGGGCUCUCGGCCGCCGCCCGCAAGCAGAGGGACUCGGAGAUCAUGCAGCAGAAGCAGAAGAAGGCCGACGAGAAGAAGGAGGGCGCCAAGUAGCCCCGGGCCGGGCCGGGCCGCCGCCGCCCCGGGGCCGGGCCGCCCGCCGGCAGGAUGCCCAGCGCAGCCCCGGGGCCGGGCCGCCUCGCUGGGGACCCCGGCAGCGCCCCGCGCCCCUCUCGGGUCCGUCUCCUAUUAAAGUAGCUUGUGGAGCCCUGCA